AUGGCUGCUUAUAUAAUUGAUGCUAGGCAAGCUGCACAAUUUGGUGAUUAUGAUACAUUAAAAGAUAUGUUAGAUAAAGGAUUUAUAUCACCUGAUUGUACAGAUUCUGAUGAUUGCUCACUUCUUCAUUGGGCAGCUAUUAAUAAUAGACUAAAGAUUGCUAAACUCCUUAUUGAUUAUAAUUGUAAUGUUAAUGCUAUUGGUGGGGUAUUAUGUUCUACCCCAUUACAUUGGGCAGCUCGUCAUGGUCAUACUAAAAUGGUAGCUUUACUUAUGAAAUAUGAUGCUAAUCCAUAUUUACGAAAUGUUGAAGGAUUUGCUGCUAUUCAUGUUGCUGCACAAUUUGGAUGUACACCAGUUGUUGCAUAUUUAAUAUCAAAAGGUGUUUCACCUGAUGAAAAAGAUGCUUCAUCAAUGACACCAGCAAUGUGGGCUGCAUAUAAAGUUCAUUCAUUAGAUUUAUUAAAAAUGUUAGUAACAUUAAAAGCUGAUGUUAAUAUAGCUGAUGUAUCAUAUGGUAAUACAUGCUUACAUUGGGCUGUAAUACAAGAAAAUACAAGUGCAGUUGAAUUAUUAGUUUCAUUAGAUAUUGAUAUUAAUAAAGAUAAUAAACAACGUGAAACUCCUUUAAUAAUAGCUAAAAGAAAAGGAAUAUUUGUAAGAUGGUUGCUUAAAAUAAUUGAUAAUACAAAACAUUUUUUAUAUUUACCAUUUGGUGUUACUGUUGGAUUGAAAAUUUUAAUGAUCUUCAGUUGGAUAUUCUAUAUUCAUGGUAUUGUUCCAUGGUAUAUAAAUAUGUCUUUCUAUUUACUAUUACUUUUUAUUACAUAUAUAUAUGUUAAUUUAACUUUUACUGAUCCAGGUAUAUAUAGUGUUUCAAUUCAAGAAACAUAUAAUAUGAUAUCAAAAACAUUUGAAGAAGAAAAUUUUUCUGAUAAAUUUUGUACAACCUGCCUUUUAAUACGCCCACAUAGAUCAAAACAUUGUAAAUUUUGUGAUAAAUGCAUUUUAAGAUUUGAUCAUCAUUGUCCAUGGAUUGGUAAUUGUGUUGGAGCAAAUAAUCACUUUCACUUUUUGAUUUAUCUUCUUUCAUUAAUAAUUGAACUAUUAAUAAUUAUUUAUGGAUGUGUUACUAAUUUUUUACAUAUGAAAAAAAUAUAUAUUACAAUUUCUGAUACUAUUAUAAAUAAUACAUGGAUAUUGUAUGUUUUUAUACUUUCAAAUUUUAUUCUUAUUUGGAUAUGUAUUAUGACAUAUCUUCAAUUAUAUCAAAUUGCCAAUAAACUAACAACAAAUGAAAGAAUAAAUGCUUACAAAUAUUCAUAUAUUGGUCAAAAAGGGUCGCAAGAAAGAGUUAAAUUUUUACUUAGUAAAAAUGGUUGUAAAAAUUUGAAAUUAUUUUGUAAAGGAGAAGCAAUAUAA